AGCAUUCAUUCUUAGGAAACUGGCAACAAAAGUAUGCGCCCAAUCUCAGGACAAAUGCUUCUAUCAACUGGAGUACUGCUCUGCAUUGCUUCUUCAUUAUCAACAAUUGCAGAUGCAUCACAACAAGCACUUCAUGUGAAGGAGACGGUGCCUAUCCUUAAAGCUCCUGAGGCAUUCCAUGAGCAACUUGUUCUGAAACCUUUGAACGAUGGCGGCGCUUAUAGUCAUUUUCAGUUCACUACACACAUUGGAACAAUGAUGGAUGAAGAGCAUUUCGAUGGCGCUGCUUCUAAUCUUUUCAGCCACUACAACUUAUUUCCUCGAUCGAUCGGACAGAUUCUGCAUAGCUUUGAAGUGGAAGAACUACAUCUAACAUUUACACAGGGGAGAUGGCAAUAUAGCGAUUGGGGAUAUCCUCUUGCACCAUCUGUUGGCACAGGCGUCGAACUUUGGGCAUGGUUGAACAACAACAGAUUACAAGCCGAAGGUAAUUGGAGGGGAUUGACCAACACACUCUCAGGAUUGUUUUGUGCGUCUUUGAACUUUAUUGAUGACACAAUCAGUAUCGAGCCCAAACUUUCGUUCAGGAACGAAGGCCUCUAUAAUGUCCAUUCUUCAAAGUUAUCGCCGUCAAACACUACAUCAACGACCCCAAGGAAACUGCGCUACGGAUCAUUACCACACGAAAAUGUAUGCACAGAAAAUUUGACACCAUGGAUCAAACUGCUACCUUGCAAAUCAAAAUCCGGCAUCGCCUCAUUGCUCAAAUCCCACAAAUUGUUUGAUACUCGGUUUUAUUCCAUGGCAAUCCAUGUUCGGCCUGUGUGCGAGGAUGAUAAAUGCAAAGUCAAAAGUCUGGAAUUGGUACAAACAAUCACGACAGUUUUUGAUGUAGCAAGGCAAGACGGCAGCUAUGACUGGUCACUGUCAUCGCUAUUUGAACGCGAGAUCACACAGGCCUGUCCUCUUGCUUCGACCUCCAAUAUCAUUGUUCACUUACCACAGACAACUCAAUUUGAUAAGCAAUAUGAAUUGACGCCUAUGUUGCCUGAAGGGAGAUAUACAAUUGGAUCUGACGAAAAUAAGCAAGAAAUUGCUGUCUAUGAUCUGAAAAAGGCUUAUAGUGGAGACACGUCAUCGUCAUCGGAACCAUUCAAACUUUCAAUGCAGUGGGAGAGUUCACGUCCCAAGUCAGUCCAACCUAUAUCACCUGGCAUUGUGGCUCACAGAUACUUCACAGGAUAUGGUCAGGAGCGUGGAGGACUUUCGAUUGAGAUUUAUAAUAACGAUUCGCAGGACGUGGAAGCUGUUCUGUUGGAUACGUUGCCAUGGUAUCUUAAGCUAUACCUUCACACAUUUACUGUUCAUCUUAAUGAUCAACUACUUGAAAACUACCGAGAUAUCGUCAAAAAGAUGUACUAUCAGCAGGCAGUUGAUCGCGCCAGGCCUGCAGUAUUGGAACUAGCCUUGAACCUUCCUUCACAUUCCAAGAUCAAGUUCUCAAUCUCGUUUGACAAAGUAUUCUUGAAGUACACGGAGCAUCCACCAGAUGCAAACCGUGGGUUUGAUAUUGGUUAUGCAGUGAUCACGGUCCCGCUGGCGAGACAAAAAGGACAGAUCGGCUAUGGAAGUGUAGAUCACUUGAGGAUUUACCAAGGACGUGAUGCUAGUCUUGUGCAGAGUCGCCGUUUGAGCACACAACAACAAGAGGGUAAUGAUGAUGAUAAUGAAACAGACAAGGUUCGGAUUUACACUGAAACUUUGUUAUUAAGUCUUCCGACCCCCGAUUUCUCGAUGCCAUAUAAUGUGAUUACAUUGACAUGUACAGUCAUUGCACUCUUUUUCGGGUCCAUGUUUAACUUGAUGACACGCAACUUUGAGGUAGUAGGAUCAGAUAAGACCAAGGGAAAGGAUAAAGAGAAGAAAGAUGAGUAGUCAUCUUAUGAUUCUUAUCAAGAAAUAAAGAACAACCCUUUUUUCCUCUUUGAGC